AUGUCGGAGCAAAGAAGAAGAAUUUUAACUCAAUUUUUAAAAUUGAAGUUUAUUUUAUUAUUUUGUUUUUCAUCUUAUCUGUUUUAUUAUUCAUCACAGGAGGAAAUUACCAUUGAUUUAAUAAAUGGUGUAUCGUUACUUAAUCACUCGGCAAAUAAAUCAGAUGGGUAUUAUCGUUUACCUAAUUAUGAAUAUAAAUGUUUAAAGCGUUUAGAGGCAUGUCCCAAUGGAUGGUCUCUACGUAUGAAAUUGAAAUUAAAUCAAUUUUCUAUUGUUGAUAAAGAACGUAAAUUAUUAUUAUUAAGUACAGGAGCAAAUGAACCACACGGUGAUGGUCUUCUGAUUGAAUUAUAUCAGAGUAAAAAUAUAUCGUAUUUAGAAUUUGGUAUCAAAGAAUUACGCAGUAAUGAAUUUGGUUAUUAUUGGCACAUUGAAGCUGAUCUUGAAAUAAAUAAAUGGACUGAUAUUGUUACCGUUGUUUCAAAAUCAAAUGAUAAUUAUCAUCGUUUAAGUAUUUAUGUUGAUGGAUAUCUCUAUCGAGAAACACAAGCAGAAAAUUAUACAGAAUUAUUUGUAUUUAAAUAUGAUAUUCAUCCAACAAUAAUACAAGUAUAUGCGAAUGAUAGCGGAUUAGCUAUAUUUGAUCAAAUUAAAUAUUAUGAACGAAUAUUGAGCGAAAAUGAAAUUGCUAAUGUUUCAUAUGAUUUAAUUGAAAUUGGAUGUCAUGAACCAAAUGGCGAUCGAAUUCAUCAAUAUAUAAUUGCCGGUCAAUUUAACAAUUGGAAACAAUGUCGAGAUGAAUGUUUCAAUCGAAAAGCAAAAGUUGCCAUUUUUAAUACUAAUCAAUGUGGAUGUGUACAAAGUUUUUAUGAAUUCGAAGUUUAUUUUAAAUAUGAUAAUUGUACCUGUGAUAUUAAUUCAAAAUGUGAACAAUGGCAUAUUCUCUCUGUUUCCCAUGUUGUUGAUCUUGUUGAUACCGAAGUUGGAUUAGAAAUUAGUAUGGCUGAUGCAUCAUUUUUAAAACAUGGUCGAACGAGAAUACAAAUUAAUGAGGGUGUUGAAAUAAUUGUUUCUGUUAAAAAUGAGCGAAAUUUAGCAUCAUUAACAGUCUAUGGUGAUAUUGAAGGAAAUGAAGGAAUAAAUAGUUCAAAUGAAAUUUAUAUAACAGCCGGAGUGAUUACUUUAUCAUGGAAAAGUGAAGGUUCUAGACGUGUUCAAUUUCGUGCCGAUUAUCGUCGAGCUGUUGGUGGUGAAACAACAGAAUAUCGUGUUGUCAAUGUUGAUGUUGUCUAUAUUAAAACUGAUUUACCAUUACAAUUUGUUCAUAUUUCUCCAGAUAAUGGUGAUGGUAAGAAUGAACAAAAUUUUACUGUUCAAUGUUUUGGUAGUGUUCCAUUAAAUUGUACAAUGACUUUUGGUGACGGUGGUAAACAAUCAAGAGGUACUAAUCAUGAUCAAUAUUAUACAUCUCAUUUUACACAUAAAUAUACAAAAUAUGGAAAACAUAAUGUAAGUGUUAAAUGUUUUAAUGAUCGAAGUACAAACAUUACAGAAUUAUCACGAAGUAUUAUUCGACAAAAUAUGACAAAAAAAGAUAUUAUAAAUAAAGUCAUAAUACCUGAGGAUACAAAACGUUUUACCGUAUUAUCUCAUGAUGAUUAUUCUUUUACAUCUACAAAUUGUUUAAAAUUACGUAAUUCAUUAACAAAUAAACGUUUAGAUAUAAUUAAGAGACGAAAAUUACUCGAAGUUCUAUCGGAUGAGAAUUUAGAGUCAGGUAUUCAUCUUUAUCAAUUGCAAUGUGAUGAUAUACCAUUGCAACCGUAUCAAAUCAAUGUUCAAAAUCGUAUUACUAAUUUGGAUAUUGAAGUAUCUCAAACAAUAAUUAAAAGUGGACAAACUAUUGAAUAUACCAUUUUAUUAGGUCAAACAUCUGAUGUUGUAUUUAUUUUUGAUUGUGAACAAGAGAUAACGACAAAUAAAUCGUUACAAAUAUUUUAUGCUAAUAGAAUUGAUGAAGAUUAUCGUUUAAUUAUCAAAUGUAAAUAUGAUACACCGGGUCAUUAUAAUGCCAUUGUUAGUGCAUCAAAUAAAGUUAGCAUAGCAAAUCAAACGAUAACAAUCGAUGUUGAAGAACCAAUUCCACCAAUUCAAGUUGAAGUAGAAAAUCAUAAAGAUAUAACACAAUUAACAUUGGUAACAAUUCGUACAAAUGAACGUAUUCCGUUUGAAGGACUUCUCUUAUUAACAAUUUUUAGUACAACAGGAAAUAUGAGUAAAAAUGAAAGUGUUCAAUUAUCGAUAUCAAAUAAUUUUACCGAUUAUUUUUAUUUAAAUAUAACAACUUAUGGAUAUCAAAUAUUACAUGUAAGAGGUGGUGAUUUUCCAACAAUACGUGAAGCAACAACAAACUUUUCUAUUGGACAAGACUUAACGUUAGUACAAACCUAUUUGGUCAAUAAUUAUGCAACAACAACAACAACAACAACGAAUAAUGAGAGUAUCAUUUGGAUUGAUAUUCAAUAUUUGAACGGUAUUGGUUUUGAUACAGAAAUUAAUAUGGGAAAUGGAAAAUUGGCUAUAAUUGAUUAUAAAACUUUAAUAAUGAGUCCAAUGACUAAAAUUAAACGAUUGGUAAAUGAUAUCUAUUUAAAACAACUAACAAGACAACGAUUUCAAAUUGGUUAUCAAUAUAAAAUAUCUGGAACAUACAAUAUUAACAUUACAUUUAUAAAUCCAUCAUUAAAAUUAUUAAAAGCAAAUCUAACAUGUUCACAAGUUACAAUAGUCGAUAUUUCAUCGAUAGAAUCAUCAUGUCUAAAUGAUCAAAAUUUGACAUUACAUUCGGAUAAUGCUCUCAAUAGUAGUACGACAGUUCAAUCAUCAGUAUUAUUGUUACCAUUCAGUAAAAAACAUGUAUUAAAACCAAAAUUACCAUCAAUGUGUAUGGAAAAAUUUUUCUCUUCAUUUUAUUUGAUUAAUAUGGAUCCUUUAAAUUGGAAAUAUUCUCAACGUUUAAAUCGUUUAUCAUCAAAUCGUAGUAUCUAUACAGAUGAAUAUCUUCCAUUCUAUUGUUCAAAUUUAGGCAAGAAACAAUCACUUAUUAUUGAAGCAAAAUCAUUAUCCUAUGGUUAUUAUCUUGCUCACAUUACAGCUGUUUCAACAUUAAAUCCAUCAUUUUAUCGUAACAUUAUUCAACCAAUUGAAAUUGUACGAUCAGAUUUAAAUACAAGUUUUGGAAAUCAAAAUUUAGAAAUAAAUAAUAUAACAGAAAUAAAUAAUAUAACAGAAAUUAUGCUUGAUAAUGAAGAUAUAAUGAUUUCGUUUUGGUCAACAACAUAUGAUCCGGAUGAUGAAAUAAAUGAUCGACGAAAAUUAAAUUUUACUGUUAUUUGUCAUUUAAAAUCAGAAGAACAAAAUAUAUUUCCAAAUGAUCUUCCAUUAGGUAGUAGAAGACCAUCGGAAAAUAAUAUUUAUAAUUUAUUAUCUAUUCGAUGGUUAAAUUUAAGUUUAGUUAGUCAUCCUGAAUCAAAUAUUUAUUUUCUUGAACAUCGUUGUUUUUCAACCAAACUCGAUUAUCAAUACGUUGUUUAUGAGCCAACAUUAAAAACAUUUAAUAUAAGUAAAAAAUAUUUACAUUUUAAUGGAACAUUUUCUUUUACAUUAAUAACGAGAAGUUUAGAUGGACGAAUGUUAAUUUCACAAAAACUAGUUGAUAAACGAGAUGAAUUUAUAAUUAGUGAUGAUUUAAAUUUAUUAGAUGAAGUGAUGAAUAAUCUAGAUAAUUUAGUCUUAGUGAAUCCAAAAAAAGCCGUUCAAUUAAUUACCGAUUUAGCAGAGAAACUAAAUGAAAUGAGUGAAAAUUCGACCAAUAAUACUGAAAUAGAUCUAUCAAUAAUGAAUGAAAGAAUGACAUUGAUGAGAUUAAAGAUGUUAUCAUCUAUGGAUGUUGUACUGGAUGUUAUUAGUGAUCCGAUAAGUGUGAUAAAAGCUGUCAAAGCCAGUACAACAGUGACUGCCAACAGUGAUCAAAUGCCUUUAAAUAAUCAGGAAAAAGGAGCUGGUUUAAUAGAAAAAGUUGGAAAUAAAGUUCGUGAUAUGGAAUUAGUUGAUGAUAAUACUAUAACAGUUUUGGCUACUUCAUUAAUGGAUACUGGUGGUAAUGUUCUUUAUGCAACAUCAAAAACUGUGCAAAAAAAUAUUGAAAAAGAUCCAGAAACAGUGAAAGAGGAAUUAGAAUCAACUAUAGAAGCCAGCAAAUCUGAAGAUAAUGAUCAAAAGGUGUUAUUUGCUCCAACAGAAUUUUAUUCUACUUGUGAUGAAUGUGAAACAUUACCAGAGGAAAGAUGGGAAAUGUAUCGAACUCAAUUAGAUGAACAAAAUCAUCAAAUUAUUGAUGAUAGACAACGGGCUAGUCAUUUGGCAAAACGAAGUUCAUCCGGUUUAUUUAUUGUCGGUGAUGUAUUAGCUAAUCGAACAUCCGAUAAUGAUUCAAAAUCAAUUGAAGGAAAAUCAAUGUCAAUGGCAUUCACAAAACAAUCACCAGAUGGCUUAAAUGUAAUUACUACUCCAAUGCAUCUACAUUACAAACAAAUAUUAAUAUAUGCAGGAAAAUCGAGUUUAUCAGCCGGUGAUACACAAAUUAAAUUACCGGCUUUAACCGAUAUGUUGGCAAAUAGUUCAUCAGACGUUGUAACAAAAGUUUUAUCGUCGAAAAAUAAUCCUUAUGCAAGUACAACAGGAAAUUCAACAGUGGAAGGAAGUGUUGUUACCAUUAUUCUGACAAAUAAUAAUGGAACUGAAAUUCCAGUUCAAAACACGUCAAAACCAAUUUCACUCUUUCUUACAAGACCACAAAAUAAAAUGCCAGACAUUCAAGAACAUGAACUUUAUAAUUUGAAUAUGAAAUAUCAUAAAGCUAUUUUGCUGGAUAAAUAUAUGGCAUUAUCUGUAUACAUUAAACCAUCAUCGAGUAUAGAUUCGUAUGUUCUUUAUGUUAGUUAUGGAAAUGACACAGUUGAACCACCAACAGACUCAAAAUUUGAUUUCAUUUACACACUUCCGAAUAAUAACAGUAUAUCUGCAAAUUACAAUAACUGCGAAGAAUUGAAAUACACAAUAUUUAUGCCACCAUCCGUUCAUUAUGGCAAUGGCACUUAUAUAUUUGGUGUCAGACUGAACAGACUUGUUAAUAUCACAGAUCAAAUGAAAUAUUCCUAUAACUCAUCCUAUAUUGUAUCAAUUUAUGCGUCUGGUUGUCAAUAUUGGGACGAACAACGACUUGUUUGGAGUAAAGAGGGUUGUCAGAUUGGCUCUCAAACUACAAUGAAAUCAACAGAAUGUUUGUGCACUCAUCUGACCACGUUUGGCAGUGAUUUUUACGUGCCACCGAAUACAAUUAAUUUUAAAACUGUUUGGGCUAAUUUCAAGAAAUUACAUGAAAAUGCUGCGGUUUUUGUUACAGUUAUUGGAAUAUUAGGAUUGUAUAUUAUAGCUGCUAUUUGGGCACGAAAAAAGGACAAAAAAGAUAUUAUUAAAGAUGCCGGUACAACAUCCAAUGUCAGUUUUAUUAUAUCGGGUGAAACAGCUGAUAGUGGUGUGAGAAAACUGAGUGAUGGAAAACAAAAGGUUAGUGGUUUUCAGUAUCAAUUAACGGCCAAUCCAAUGGAGAGUUAUUUUAUUUGCGAUAAUUGGUUAGCAGUCGAAAAAAGUGAUGGAAUGGUUGAUCGCGUUGUACCAGUAGCUUCUACAACUGAAUUGAAAAGUUUUACACAUUUGUUCACGCAAUCGGUAAAGAAAAAAUUUAGCGAUGGUCAUCUAUGGUUUUCAGUAUUUUCACGUCCAGUUCGAAGUAAUUUCACACGAUUACAACGCAUUUCAUGUUGUAUCUCGCUACUGUUUUGCACAAUGAUAUCAAAUGCAAUGUUUUAUAAGACAGAAAAUAAAUCUGAAAAAGGUUUCAUUUUACAGUUAGGACCACUACGGUUUACCCUCACACAACUUUGGAUAAGCUUUAUUGGAACAUUGAUCGUUUUACCAGUUAAUUUAAUCAUUGUUACAUUAUUCCGAAAAGCAGGAAAUAAUCAACAAACAUUAACGACAAGACCUAAUAGCAAUAAUCUACUUUCACUUGAAAAUAAAGACGACCACUAUUUUUCAACAGAAAAUCGACGUUCUAAUUUCAUUACACAUUUAAAAGCAAGAUUCUGUCAUCGAUCAUCUGUUGUACAAAGACAACGUUUAGAUGAUACAAGAAAUAAAAUUGAAGAUAAAGAACGAACAUUACCACAUUGGGCAAUAUACAUUGCUUGGACUUUGGUAAUAUUGAGCAUACUAACUUGCUCAUUUUUCAUCAUACUAUAUUCAAUGGAAUGGGGACGAAGUCGAUCCAAUGAAUGGUUGUCUACAAUGAUGCUCUCAUUCGGACAAUCUGUACUUAUUAUUGAUCCACUCAAGGUAUUUAUUGCAACAGCCAUCAUUAGCUUUUUAAUUCGAAAACCGUAUGACGAUGAAACAAUGGAUUUCAAUGACCCAUUCGCAGAAACACUAAUAAAUACUGAAGAUGAUUUUAGUUUUAGUCAAAUAAGUACAAAAGAAAUUGCUCGUCAACGUCGUGUUCGACUGUUCGAAUUGAAGCCAAUUAAUCAUAUGGAAAUGAAACAAGCGCGUGAAUUACGUUUAAAAGAGAUAAAAAUGAGUGAAAUUAUUCGUGAAGUAUUAAUUUAUUGUUUAUUUACAACAAUAUUAUUAUUUUUAUCCUAUCAAGCACGUGAUAUUCAUUCAAACGGUCUAUUUCGUGAUACUAAAAAUUUAUUUAUUACUAAAGAUUAUAAUAAUAUUAAAUCAGUUACAGAUUGGUGGAAUUAUUGUGAUAAUACAUUUUUAAAAGGACUAUAUGCACAAACAUGGUACAAUGGAAAAACAUUAUCAUGGCGAGAAAAAUUAACAACAGGUAGUCGAACAUCGAUGAGAGUUGGUGCAGCAAGAAUUCGUCAAUUGAGAGUAAAAGAGAACUCUUGUCUUGGUGGGAUGAUGAUACAAAAAAACUAUAAAACAGGAUGGAAUGGAUUAUUAAAUGGAACAUUUGUUAAUAAUGAUAAUAGUACGAAAAGAUGUAAAACACCUUGGUGCUAUCAAAAUAGUGCCCGUACUAAAAGUGGACCAUUGAGUGCCGUCUAUUCAACUUACAAGGGUGGUGGUUAUUUAUUUACACUAGGACGAACGUAUGAAAAAGCACGAAUUCUUUUAGAAGAAUUAAAAGAACAAAAAUGGCUCGAUCAAUUAACUCGUGCAUUAGUCAUUGAUUUUUCAUUAUAUAAUGCUAAUGUAAAUUUAUUUGUUAGUAUUACACUAUCAUUAGAAUUUACAUCAAUGGGCUCUGUUAUUAAUGAUUAUAAAAUUAAAGUAUUUCGACUUUACGAUCAUUUAGGUGGCUAUGCUAUUAUUGUUCUCAUAUUUGAAAUAUUCUUUUGUAUAUUUACCAUUUAUGCUCUUACUCACGAAAUUUUACUUAUCAUCAAACAAAAAAAAUUAUAUUUUAAAAAAUUUUGGAAUUUACAUGGUUUUAUAACCGUAGCAUUUAGUAUAACGGCAAUAGGAAUGUACGGGACAAAGAAAGCUAUAACAAGACUAGCAAUAAGAUCAUUACGAAAAACAGAAAUGGGUGAAUUUGUUAAUUUCAAUGCUAUUGCAACUUUUGAUGAAGUGUACAGUUACAUUGUUGGUUUGAUUACAUUUUUUACAAUGUUAAAAUUUUUAAAACUGUUACGUUUUAAUAAACGUAUUGGAAUGUUAUCAGCAACUUUACGUUAUGCACGACGUGAUCUUAACUCAUUUGCCUUUGUGUUUAUGAUAUUUAUUUUGGCUUAUGCACAAUUUGGUUUUGCUCUAUUUGGUCGAUCAUUACGUUCAUUUAAAAGUUUAUUUACAUCGUUGACAACAUGUUUUCGAAUGAUGUUGGGUGAAAUAAAUGCAGAAGAAAUGGUUUCUCUGAGUAAACUCUAUGGUACAUUUUAUUUCAUUUCAUUUUUAAUUCUUGUAUUUAUUGCACUAUUGGGAAUAUUUUUAACAAUUUUGAACGAUUCGUUCGCACAUAUUAAACAUGAAAUGGCAAAAAAUAAAAAUAAAAAUGAUAUGCUCGACUUUAUGUGGUCAACAUUUAAAAAGGUGGCUGGUCUAAAUCGACAUGAAGAUAUGGAUAAGAAGGAACUAGUUGAACUAGAAAAAAACCGUCAGAUAAAAGAAGCAUUAAAAGUUACAAUAGUAAAUGAUCCUCAAGUAUUACAGGUGGCACCGUUGGCAUUUUUCAAUGAUUUAUAA